GUCUCUGAUUGUGAAGUGGAGCCAGCGUAUUCUAGCAAGCCAGGGGAUAUGCUGGUAGCAAGCCAGGGAAUAUAGCAAGCCAAGUUUCUAGGCUGCUUGUAGGACGGAAACUGACUUGUUAUUCUUGGCGUAGGAGACGGUUCAGUUUUCAAUCAGCCUUGCUUGACGUCGCAAGAUGGCGUCGCAGCUCUGCUGCUCGGCCGCUGCCAGCGGCGCGCUUUCCGUGCCGUCCGCGUUACAAGCCAAUGCGGCAUCCGCUACCAGCGCCAGUGCCAGUCUUUUCCCCUCAUACACCGGUCUGAACCAGUUGCGCCGCCCUUCUCAGACAGCCUCCUCUGCUACCACCCUCCCUCAGCGCAAUGCGGAGGGGAAGCAGAGGCAGAGGGCAGUGGGGGUGCGAGCUGCCGUCACGCAGCAGCCGCCAGAGGCACCGGCUGUCAAAGAGGAGAAGGACGUUCAGGUGGUCCGUCUCACCGACGACACCUUCACCCUGCGCGGGCGGUGCUACGAGCGGUUCAAGUUCGAGGUGGAGUACGGGCUGCGCGCCGGCACCACGGAGAACAGCUACGUCAUCGAGGGGCCCGAGGGCGCCGCGCUGAUCGACGUGCCGGACAGGGCAUUCGCGCGCGCCUUCGUGGAUGCUUUCGUGCGCGAGGCGAAGGACGCGGAGCACCUGGCGUACCUGAUCAUUGGACACCUCAGCCCCAAGCGUGUGGAUAGCGUCAUCCAGCUCGCCAAGACGCACCCCGCAGGAGAGCCCCCCAUCAAGGUGUUUCUGUCGAACCCGGCGCAUCAGACCCUGACCUCCCUGGUACCGGCGGACAUCCUGGAGGCGACGUUCGACCUGCAGAUCGUGCGCGCAGGGGACACGCUGGACCUGGGCGGCGGGCACCAGCUGCAGUUCAUCCUCACGCCCACGCCGCGCUGGCCUGACGGGCUCACCACCUACGACCCCAAGACGCAGCUGCUCUUCACCAACAAGCUCUUCAGCGCCCAUGUGUGCAUGGGUGAAGAUUUCGAUGUGGGCGGCAUAGAGGCGUAUGACAUGCACUGGCGCUACUUCUACGACUGCAUGCUCGCCCCUGUCGCCAAGCAGGUGGACGCGGCGCUCAAGAAGCUCCCCGUGGCGGCUCAGUUCGCCCCGCCCUGCUAUGCUGGCAAGACAGGGCUGGACGUGGUCAAGGCCGAUGUGGGGUUCAUCUUCUCGCGCCUGCUCUCCGCCCUCAACCUGGACAUCAACACAGCAACCAACCUGAGGCUGUCAGUGGGCGGCUCUAGGAAGGGCGCCAUGCCUGGCGUGGCGGGCGAGCCGCUGGUCACUGCCGCCAUCUGCCCACUUCAUGGACCCAUCAUCCGCAACAGCGUCACUGAGCUCGUUAGAGAGUACAAGCUGUGGACGGAUGAGAAGAUCAGGCAGGCAGAGGAGGCCACAGUGGCUGUGUUCUACGCGUCAGCCUACGGCAACACCUCCGCUCUCGCACAGGCUAUCAGUCGUGGUCUGCUGCGAGCAGGAGUGGGAGUCGAGACCAUCAACUGCGAGAUGGCAACAGUGGCGGAGCUGCAGUCGGCCAUCCAGCGGUGCUGCGGCUUCGUGGUGGGCAGCCCCACGCUGGGCGGCCACAUGCCCACGCCAAUGAAGGAGGCGCUGGGGGUCAUCCUCAAUGAGCCCGCCGCGAAGGGCAAGCCCACUGGCGUGUUCGGGUCGUUCGGGUGGAGCGGGGAGGCGGUGGACGAGAUGGAGCAGCUGCUGAAAGAUGGCGGAUUUUCCUUUGGGUUCCCCCCCAUCCGCUGCAAGUUCAAGCCCACGGAGGGCAUGCUGCAGAUCUGUGAGGAAAGUGGCAGAGACUUGGCCAGGGAGAUCCGCAAGGGCAAGGCCAAGCAGCGCAGCACGUCGGCCAAGUCAGCUGUGGUGUCCGGGUCCGGAGUGGAGCAGGCUGUUGGCAGGGUGGUGGGGUCGCUGUGCGUGGUGUCGGCCAUCAGUGGGGACCGCGAUGCGCAGAGCGCCAUGCUUGCCUCGUGGGUCUCCCAAGCUUCCUUCAACCCUCCUGGCGUCACUGUUGCUGUGGCCAAGGAGAGAGCGCUGGAGUCGCUGGUGCUGGUGGGGGGGAAGUUUGCCCUCAGCGUUCUCGGAGACAAGAACGCGGGUGCAGUUUCCAAGCAGCUUCUCAAGCCGUUCCAGCCUGGAGAACCGAGGUUCGGCGAUCUCCCGACCAAGCAGGCCAGCAACGGCGCCACCAUCCUGGCUGAUGCGAUCUCAUAUCUGGAGUGCACGGUGCAAACACGCAUGGAGAGUGGCGACCACUGGGUCAUCUAUGCCACUGUUGACUCAGGCGACGUCCUCGAUGAGAAGACACUUACAGCACUGCACCACCGCAAGUCCGGCAGCCGCUACUGAAAAAGGACUGACAGCUCACUCGCCUGCAUUAGAUCUAGGAGAGUUUCACAAAAAUAUUGUGUGUUGCUUGUGUGAUGUGGGCUGCAAACCUGUUCUGUUGUUUCGAAUUCUGUUGGAGUAAAACAGGUGUUUGGGGUGGUCAGGAUCUAGAGUUGGUGGAACCAAGAGUAAAAAGUAAGUGGAACCAAAAUUUGGUUUCACGCUACUAAUACAGUCUUAUAAUUACAUCAGGAAUGCAUAAGUGGUAACUGUGACGAGUAAACAUCAAUAAAUUCUAUACUAGCAU